CUGCGUGCGUCCGUCUCCAUGCCACGACUCGCUCUUUCGUUCCAUCUUGUGACCGGCGCAUCAGUGAAGAAGCACCGCGACAGUGUUUACAAUAGGCCUUCGGGGCUAACAGGUUUUCAUCUUUAUUUCUGACAGUGUUCAACUGCGAAGGGCUUGCACUGGGCUAACGCUCUGCCUGCAGACUGAGCGGGAUCUCGCGAGAGCGGUGGCGUGGCUGCUUGGCAGUAGCUUGCAGUAAGACAGAGGGAGAAGGCAGGCAGCAUCAUGGCGGACAGAGACAGUGGAAGUGAGCAGGGAGGAGCAGCCACGGGCCCGGGUGUCGGUUCCAUGCACCCAGUGACAGGAGGGGCGGGCUCGGCUUCCGGGCUGCAGCACGAGACACAGGAGCUCGCCUCGAAGCGGGUUGACAUCCAGAAUAAACGCUUCUAUCUAGAUGUAAAGCAGAACGCGAAAGGCCGCUUCUUGAAGAUAGCAGAAGUCGGGGCCGGGGGAAACAAGAGCCGCCUCACUCUCUCCAUGUCUGUGGCUGUCGAGUUCCGCGACUACCUGGGGGACUUCAUCGAGCACUAUGCCCAGUUAGGGCCGAGCAAUCCUGACAUUGCGCAGGACGAGCCGCGGCGGGCGCUGAAGAGUGAGUUUCUGGUCCGGGAGAAUCGAAAGUACUACAUGGAUCUGAAGGAGAACCAGAGGGGCCGCUUUCUGAGGGUCCGGCAGACCGUCAACCGGGGGCCCGGCUUGGGAUCCACGCAAGGCCAGACCAUCGCUCUUCCAGCCCAGGGACUUAUCGAGUUUCGCGACGCGCUCGCCAAACUCAUCGACGACUACGGAGUGGAGGACGAGCCGGCGGAGCUGCCCGAGGGAACCUCGUUAACUGUGGACAACAAGCGCUUUUUCUUUGACGUAGGCUCCAAUAAGUACGGGGUGUUCAUGAGGGUAAGCGAGGUCAAGCCCACCUAUCGCAACUCCAUCACA